UUCCCAAGCUGUUGAAACAAGUUCUGGAAACAUGCCGAAGCACGUGGAGGUAAGAAUGCAUGAAAGCCACCUGGAGCCCAUUGAGGCGAGGCCGAGCUCCAAAUGGGCCACAAUAUGCCAGAAGUUGCGGAAGAAUCUGCUGCUCACGCUGACUGUUCUGGGUGUGAUUUUGGGAGCGGUUUUUGGGAUGCUGCUGCGUGUUGCUUCUCCGAUCGAUGACAACAUUGUCAUGGUAAUUGCCUUCCCUGGAGACAUUCUAAUGAGGAUGCUAAAAAUGCUCAUCCUUCCCUUGAUCAUCUCCAGCUUAAUCACAGGUCUGGCUGGUCUGGAUGCGAAGUCAAGUGGUCGUCUGGGCUCCAGAGCCAUGGUCUAUUACAUGACCACUACUGUCAUCGCUGCUGUGCUGGGAGUCAUCCUGGUGCUCCUCAUCCACCCUGGAAACCCAAAACUCAAGGAGAAUCUCGGAGAAGGAGCUAAGAACGAUGAGGUUUCCAGUCUUGAUGCCUUUUUUGACCUCAUCAGAAACCUCUUCCCUGAGAACUUGGUUCAGGCUUGCUUCCAGCAGAUCCAGACCGUUGUGAAGAAGGUAGAAGUUCAACCUGACUUCGAUGACACCAACAGCACAUCUGACUAUCUCUCUAAUGCCACCAAGCCACCGCCCAUUUUCAUAGACAAGAAAUCUCUACAGUUCAAGAGUGGAAUGAAUGUGCUGGGUCUAAUUGGAUUCUUCAUUGCCUUUGGAAUUUGUAUGGGAAAGAUGGGAGAGAAAGCUAGGCUUAUGAUUGAGUUCUUCAACAUUCUCAAUGAGAUUGUGAUGAAGCUUGUCAUCAUGAUUAUGUGGUACUCACCCUUUGGCAUUGCCUGCUUGAUCUGUGGAAAGAUCAUCUCUAUUAAAGAUCUGGAGGUGGUGGCCAGGCAGCUGGGGAUGUACAUGGUGACCGUUAUUAUUGGUCUGAUCAUCCAUGGUGCCAUAUUCUUGCCAUGUAUCUACUUUGCAAUUGUGAGGAAAAACCCCUUCUCGUUCUUCAUGGGAAUCUUCCAGGCCUGGAUCACGGCUCUGGGCACAGCUUCUAGUGCUGGCACUCUACCUGUAACUUUCCGUUGUCUUGAAGAAAACCUUGGUAUUGACAAGAGAGUUACACGUUUUGUGCUUCCAGUUGGAGCAACAAUUAACAUGGAUGGAACAGCCCUCUAUGAGGCUGUAGCUGCCAUUUUUAUUGCCCAGAUGAAUGGAAUUGAUUUAGAUCCUGGUCAGAUUGUCACUGUCAGUCUUACAGCAACACUGGCCAGUGUUGGAGCGGCAAGUAUCCCUAGUGCUGGACUGGUCACCAUGUUACUCAUUCUGACGGCCGUUGGGCUUCCUACUCAAGACAUCAGUCUGCUGGUGGCUGUUGACUGGCUUCUGGAUCGUUUCCGUACCUCAGUUAAUGUGGUUGGAGACUCAUAUGGGGCUGGCAUUGUCUACCACCUGUCCAAGGCAGAGCUGGACGCUCUGGACGCCCAACAUGGGAAGACUGAUGACAUAGAGUUGAUGACCAAGACCCAGUCCUACUAUGAUGACCUCAAAAACCAUCAUGAAAACAACUCCAACCAGUGCGUCUAUGCUGCUCAAAAUUCAGUCUUAUUAGAUGAAUGCAAGGUAACCUUGGCAACCACAAAUGGCUCAACUGCGGAGUGCACGCUUGUUGAGGAAGAACCUUGGAAAAACAAUUAAUGCAAGCACACAGACCCCGGCACCCAAAAUGAGAGAAAAACCAACCUAUAUUCAUGCACAUAGAACAAAUGGGUUUUGUAGUUUAUUCCUAUGGUUUCUAUUCUUUUCUAACAUGUUUAACAAUACAUAUGUUCUCAUGUAACACAAGAAUGUGAGGCCAAAAGCUCACACAUGCAGCUGAGGCAGUUACGUAAAUUAUUUGUGAUGCUAAUAAAUAUACAUACACUUCCAAACCUAUGAAUUUUGAGGAGAAGGGGUGAAUAAUGAGGGUUUUUCAGAGGGAUAACAAAGAUUCUUCCAGAGCCAUUAUCACCCACUGCAGUUUCUAUGAGAAUAUAACAGAAACCUGCCUCUAGUUCCUAUGCCUCAACUGAACUACGUUGCACAACACUGUAGCACCUCUUUGUCCGAACAGAUCUUAAACCACUUCUCAAAAGGGUAAUUUGGUGUUGCUAGGAUACAAAAGUAGGGACAGAGGCGACUGCACACAGAUUGAACAUAAAGCACAUGCCGCGUUUAUUUUGAGCCCCUCCUCCUCUGUAUCGCUCACAGGGGAGGGAUUUUUUUCUCUGUUCUGUCAAGGAAACGGAUGAGAGGGUGUUGCUCGUAUGUAUGUUGGUGAGUCUGUGGCACAAUAGCACAAAAACCUUUCAGGCACAUUGCCAUUACAUUUACCAUUCAGGUCUUACGAGAGCCCUUUGCAUUACGAAAUACUCUGAAAUAUGCAAUGCACGCCUUAUGUUUAGUUCAUUUUAAAGCACAAAUUGUCUAUUUAUGUUGUACAACCAAAACAAGGCCUGAACAUGUGUCAGUCAUACAAUGAACGUACAGCUGAUGGCACCUGUGUGAAAAAUCACAAAUUCCAAAAGUGCAUCUUUUAAAAUGACAAGGCUCUUUUUCAAUGCUUUGGUGUGGUGAUUGCUAAACCUGGUUUGGCAUUAUUAACAAUUCCAUUUAGAUUCAUGUCAAGCACAAACCAUCUAAAAGAUCUACAUACCUUUGCCCAGAUAUACUAUAUAUCCCAUUUGUAUUCUAUUUGCUCUAAAUUUUGGCUGUUUUUCCUUCCUCUGAUGAGAUGGAGAGAUAUACUCAGGCAUAUAAAACAUAAAAAUAGGCAUUUUGUCCGGGAAAAAAACAUUCCUAAUGCAGACAGAGAUGAUUUGUAUGAAGGCCCUGUUAGCAUGCUGGAGAGAACUUUUUACCUGUUUUUAUAAUCCAAGUAGGUUUACACGUUUAAAUACCUAAUGCCUUCGUCUUUCACUUCUGAUGUUUCACAGGUUUUGUUUUUUUAUUUUUAUUCAUAGUUAUCGUUUUCUAUUUUUUUUAACGCCCCUUUUAAAUGAGCUAAAGUUCUUACCUCAAAAAUACAUUGCCAAGGCUAUUGUAAGUAUUUUUACGCAAUUUUUGUUUUGAGCUUUGUAAAAACAAAAAACAAGUAGUAUUACAAUGGAAUGGUUUAAUCGUAAUAAAAAGGAGGCUUUUAUAACUAAGCUGUUAUAAACACUACCUCUGGAUGUACCAUCCUCUUCUCUAUCUCUGACAGCGUCCUUCCCUCAUACUGCAAAUGACUGUUUCUAAGCCCCGCCAUGCUGCAAACCCCUCACAGGCCCAACUUUCCAUCACUUCCUGUCAGACAUACCUCACUAUGCCAAUCAGAGAUUCCGACAAAAAAAAUUACUUUUUCUUUCAAAUGAGUGAUAAAUCCAGACACCCUUUCUUUCUUCCCUGUGUGUGAUAUUUAUCACAGGAUGCUACAAACUGAUGUUUUUUAAUGUCUUUUACCAAGCUAAACACAGAUAUUGAUAGAACUCUACCCCUAAUAUAUAUCUAAUUAGUUUAAGACACCUUGCUAAGAUGUUUUGCAAACUAAACAGCUCAGUGUUAUAACCUUUGCCAAGAGAAUAAAUGCCAUAUGAACACAAGUUCUUGGUGCCACAUUAUAUAUUGUGUGGAAUCAUAAUGUGAAUUUUCGAUGUUGUGAGUGUUGCCCAUUAAAAGGCAGACAUCUUGACACUUGAGAUUGUUUGGUCAUUGAGCGUUGAGCCACUGUUGUGUUUUAUCUCACUGUUAGAUGCAUGGACAUUUAGUGUUUUUGCGCCAGUUUCUUAAAAAGCAUGACUUUUAAAGUGCCUCCCUGCACUUGGUGUAUAUAUAGAAGGCAGGGGCGUCGCUAGUGGGGGAAAGUGGGACUGCGUACAGGGGGCCCUGAUCUAUUGGGGGGCCCUCAGCGUUCCCCCUUGAGGGGCCCCACAAAUUCUACCAUGGGAGAAACCCCAAAUCCUACUGAGGGAUAUUGACCCAAUGAAAUGUACUGUACAGGGGGCCUAUAGAAAACCUAGCGACGCCACUGAUUGUUGGUGACAUUGGUAUUUUAUUUUUCAGUUAUAGAAAUAUUGAGAUAGUGUUUAAUUGAUGUGACAGUUUUAAUUGAAGUGUUUUUGUAAUCCUGUAGAAACAUAUACCCUCUUUGUGCUGCUUAAGAUAAAAUACUAUAGUGAAAUGUAUAGAAAUGUAGGACAUUGAUUGAUUUUAAUUCAGACUAGCUCUCUCAGCAAAUUCAUAUCCAUUAUUAUAUCUGAUCUAUGUUUGGAAUGUUUUUCCCUACAUAAAUUUAUGUGUCCCUGCAUUUCUAUGUGAGAGAUUAAAAUUUAAAUCUAACAUCAGACUCAAAAAAGGAUAUUUGUAUAUUAUAUAUAGCAUCUCAAAAUAUUCAAACUAUAUUUUUGAAGAUGGUAUACAAUAAUCAUAUUGUCUUUAUGUGAUAGUCUUAUAUAUGAUUCUGUGUUAUAUGUACAACAAAAAUAUGUAACAUCUUAAAUAUAUGAUAAGAUAUGCUGAGAUAUGAUCUUGACGAUAUAAAGCACACUGUAUUAAGUCACAUCCACAGUAUCUGUAAAAGUUCAUUUCUCAGUUUCAUGCUCAGUUUCUCUUCUGUUUUGCACUUGACUUUCCAUAUUUCUUUCCUGAUAUAUUUUGUACACGCACACAGACACACAAAGAAAUUUACAGGCACAAUUUUCAUGUGAAACAUUAUUUCUAGAAUAACCCAGGUGUAUUAUUCUUACUUAAUUAAGUACAUCUGAAACCAUCUUUAGUAGAUGGUUUACGUUUCUUACAUUGGUCUUAUAUGUAAAACCCACAAGUUCUGCUCCAUUUUUCUCUCAUCCUUUUUGUGAUGUGAUUUUUUUUUUUUAUGUAAAGGGAGGGGAAACUAUAGUCAAAAAGAAAAGUGGUAAAAUAAAUGAUUUCCUAUGUCAUAGCUGUGAAAUAAAAGUGUGUUCAUGCAUAUCAAUUUGUGUUGUACCAUUGGUGUACAUACAGUUAUUAUAACUAAUAAAUGUUGAUUCAUAACUAA